UAAACCUUCCGCCAGUAAUCGUUGACCAAGUGGGAAGGCAAUACUCGUAAGCUUAAAACAAAAAUUCUUGAACUUCAAAAUUACAAAAAAUUGCUUAGGAAAUACUGUGAACGAAGGUCCAAUAUUGUAAAAGUCCGUUGUAACGUUAUAUUAUACUUGAUGAAAGUUUAGCAAAACUCGGUAAUUUUAGUUACAAAAUCGAACGACUUUUCGUUGUUUUCUUGAACAUGAAUUUCCAUUUAAGUAAAGAGUUGAACGCAUCGUUCAUAGUUGGAAUCAUUUUCUUUCUGGCGGGUUUUUUCGUCGCCGAAAUUCAAAGCUUAAACGUAGUGGAAGUCAACAGCGGCAACAUCGACAAGAUUGUGGACGGAUCCAAGUUUAUUUUUGUGUUUUUCUACGCUCCUUGGGAUAAACAAUCUCAGAAAGUGCUCGAAGUAUACGAAAAAGUUGGAGAGGAAUUCUCAUCCAGGGAGGAUAUUAUCAUUGCCAAAGCAAAUGCAUAUGAAGACGUUAAACUGGCAACGAGAUACUGGAUCGACCGCUAUCCGUUGUUUCGYUUCUUCAUCAAGGGAAGUAAAGUAGAAGAAACGUAUAAAGGAGGUAGAAAGGCYGAAGAUUUCAUCAGCUUUAUUCGGUCUCGUUCAUCCAUCACAUUCAACAAAGAAAUYUUCACAAGGCCAGUCAUCGAACUAGACGACUCGAAUUUUGAGCGUAUAGUUAAAGACAGGACCAAAAAUAUCAUGGUAAUGUUUUACAAUGGUUUCUGCAAACUUUGUAGACAAAUGGAGUAUUCYUAUCAUCAAGUGGGGCUGACGUUCCGUAACGAGCCUGACUGUGUGUUGUCCAAGCUGRAUUGUGAUGCGUACGUUCCUGUCUGCUUGGAACAAGURAUUGCGCAUUACCCUACUAUCAAGAUUUACACGAAAAAGAAUAAAGACGGUUUCAUCUACGAACCAGGCAAAAACCAAGAGUUUUACAGCGAAGCGAACAUGACGACUUUUAUGAAUGCACUUUGUAGUACGCAGAGGAUUUCGAAAGGCCGCCUGGACGCAAAGGCUGGCAGGUUGGAAGAAUUUGAUCAACUCRCAGUACAAUUCAUGAAAGACUGGAGCAAACGUGAACAGAUUCUCAGGGAAGUAAAACACAAGUCCUCUACCCAUGAUUCCAAGGAGUACGCGGCUUAUUACGCGUCAGUCAUGGGGCGCGUCAUUAAGGAGGGUGGUCACGUGAUCGGACACGAGAUUGAGAGAAUUGAACUCUUGAUUGUAGGGCAAGUACAUCCGAGGAAAAUAGACGAACUGGAGAAGCGUAAGAACAUUUUGAAACAGUUCCAUUCGCUGCAUCAUGAAAGAGAUGAACUAUGAACCCAAAAACUACCUCGCCCUCUCCUCCACGGUUUGAUAGAAGACUGGUAACUAAUUAGCGUGUCUCGCAUGGAAUUAUGGAACUAAAUUGAAGGAAGCAAGCACGAAGUUCCAUCAUUGAUAACGUAUUCCUAAUUUCAGCCCCACAACUCCAUGCUGAACGAGUUUUUUCCCCUUUGCUUUUUUUACCCCUCUAAGGCCACCGAAUAAAUACGACACCAAAGUAGCUUAUAAAAAGAUUUUAAUUGCCGCUUGCAAAAUUCAAUCACUGAUUUAUUAAAAAUGAUAAAUAUUUAA